UUAUGCAUUAGAUCCUUUUUUCCUUAUCCCAUAACCUUCACUCUUUUUCUUUGCUUCACUCCGUUUUAUAUAUGAAUGUUCUGUUUAUGUUAAGAGUUGUUGACUGGCAGAUAUACUGUCACAUGGGUUAGUUAUAUUAGAGAUGAGUCAAUUAUAUUACGGAUAUGAUUUGAUUACAUUAAAUAGGGAGAUAUGGUAUAUGAUUUGAUUGGGAAAUCUGUUGCCAAAUAUUUCCCUUUAUUAGAUAUUGAUUUUGUUCCUUAUUAUUGUAUCUUCAUUAUAAGUAAGAAUACUCAUGUGUGUACCCGACAUAGAAUUUGUUAUAUUCCUUCUCAAUUUCUCUGGCCUCAACAUGAUACUAGAGGGGUACCAUAUUUACGUCACUUGUUUUGCCGCCAAUCAAGAACCUAAUGAUAACUAAAAUCAGUGUUUUCCAUACUGUUGCUAUUCGCGCCGAAUACACUGUUUGCCACUGUCAUCAUAAUUCACGACCUGUCAUUGUUCAAUGCCUAGGACAUCCAUCCGAACCAUUUCUGACUAACAUUACUAUUUGUAUCCAAUGUUUUCAAGGCAUGUAUUGUUUGUAGCCAAUCUUUUUCAGAAAAUGCUAUUUAACGCAAACGUUUUUCCUAUUGAGUUUUUCUAGUGGAUAUUGUUAUUUCUUUAUGAGAAAUGUUGUAGUUUUAUAGCCCUUUGUUUUGUUAUUGUUGAGCAUGAUGUCCUGGUUGUAUAUUCUUGCUGAUUUAAAAUCGUAAUUAGCUUACAUUUUUUCUUUUCAAUGAAGCUAAUCAGGAAUGGAGACAUUGAUGUUGCAUUUGGUAAAUUGCGGGAAUGGUAUCCACAAAUUAUUGAGGACAACACAUCAGCUACAUGCUUUCUGCUACAUUGUCAAAAGUUUAUCGAAUUAGUUCGGGUUGGAGCGCUUGAGGAGGCAGUUAGAUAUGGAAGAAUAGAAUUGUCGAGUUUUUACGACUUUCCUGUCUUUAAAGAUUUAGUUCAGGACUGUGUUGCUUUGCUGGCAUAUGAACGGCCUCUAGAAUCUUCCGUAGGCUAUCUUCUAAAAGACUCGCAGCGUGAAGUUGUAGCUGACACGGUAAAUGCCAUGAUUUUGUCCACAAAUCCCAACAUGAAAGAAUCAAAACAUUGCUUGCAGUCUUAUCUGGAGAGGUUACUUAGACAGCUCACUGCUUGCUGCUUAGAGAGACGAGCACUGAAUGGAGAGCAGGGAGAAGCUUUCCAACUUCAGAGAUUACUUAGCAGUAGUAGAAGAGGCUAGUGCUAGGUGAUAUUAUAUCUAUUAAUCUUAUGCUAUGUUCAUAUGUCUCGAUCUGACACCACUGUUCAUAUUACCUCGGGAUUUGUAACAAUGCCCAGUGAUUAGAUUUCCCAUAUUUACUUGAUGCAUGAUCAUUCAUUUCUUUGGCAAGAAGGGGGAGGAGAGGGGAUAUUUGUAACCUCGUCAUCACUAUUAAAACAAUGAAAAUGGGAAAAAUGAACCAAGCAAUGAUUUCAAGAUGAAAAA